GGGGCAGGGAAGGAUGUUGUGAACUGGAAUAUUUGGCUGAAGAGAGGAAGGUAGUAUCAGAAGGCAAAUGGUGAUAUGCCUGCAGAAAGCUCUGAGUUGGGUGGCAUCCAUUGCCAUCUCGUAAAAGACACUUCAGUUUGUUUGGAUAUAUUUGUGCUUGCCCAAAGCAUAUUUUGAGGUGGGCACCUCCAGCUCCUUUUUGGGGGUACAUAUUCUGGCUAUAAUUGGUGUGCACAGAUGCCUUUGUUUGUAGCAUGUGCUCACACUAAACUCUGGGCUGGAAGGCACUCUCCCAUUUCUGGAGUGUAUGCUGUCUCAAAGCAUAUUUUGGGGUGGACACCCAGAGUUUCUUUUUUUUUUAAUGUAUAUCGGCGAUUGCUGGUUUGCUUCAACAUCCUUAACUCUGCCAUUAUGUGCCCACAGAAAGCUCUGGGCUGAGCAGGACCCACAAGUGUCUCUUAGAGGAGAGUUUCCUGUCUGCUUUUGUGUAUGAGUUGUGCUUGCCCAAAGCAUAUUUUGUGAUGGAUACUGCCAGUUACUUAUGCCCCCCAUCCAAUAUACUUUAGCUAUUGUUGGUGUGCCUAGGUGCCCUUGUCCAUGGUAUGCACCAUAGGAAGCUCUGUGCUGAGCAGCAUCCAUUGGCAUCUUAUAGUAGAUGACACUUUCCCAUUUGCUUAAGUGUGUGGCUAGUGCUGUCCCAAAGCAUAUGUUUGGGGUGGGCACCUUCAGUUACCGUACUUAUUAUAUUUAUAUACUGGUGACUGUUGCCUUGCUUUGAUACAUUUGACUGUCCCCUGUGUCCACAAGAAGCUCAGGGCUCAGCAGGAUCCAUUGGCACCUUGGAGAGGAUGAUCCAUUGGCUUGUGCUUGCCUAAAGCAUGUUUUGGGGUGGGCACCCCCACUUACUUAUUUUAUGGUGUUCUACAAUCAUGUAUUGAUGAGCAUUUUGAAAGCAUCAUUUUGACUGAGUAACUUUAACUGAUCAUGUACAUAUACGGGGUGGCCCAAUGUUUAUUCUGGGGAUCAGGGCAUAUAAACUUUAGAGUUCAGGAAUAUACAUGAACUUCCCUUGUGACAGAGACUCCUGCUACGUGUACGUGUGUGUGCAGGCAAUUCCCUUUCCCCUCCCUAGUUUGACACUACAGAAAUACUGGGCUGGCGGAUGCACUGGAGGAACCAAGUUGUGCUGACGUUCCUGCAACACCGAAGCACCUGCGUGCGCUCGUGUAGCCACUUAUCGUGGGAAUUGUCUCAAGCGCUGUUGCCGUUUGCGUGUGCGGAAAUUUCCCUUUCCUUCCUGACGGGGAUUUCAGGCCGAAAACCCGCGUAAGCGACAGGUGUUUCUGGAAGCUUCGGGAACGCCAGCGAGGCGUGUAGGAGCGCCGCUCCAACCCACGUCCGCGUCUCGUGGAUGUUUCGAGAACGGCUUGCAAGCAACCGGCAAUGGGGGUGUGGUGUGGGAUAUACGGUGUUACGUCGCAGAGGCGGCUUUCACGUGUAGGGCCAGAGCUUUGCCGCUGACUUCCCCUCAAGGGGGGAGAGGAGCGCACGAGGAAGGGAGGCGGGACCGAGUGGAAAUUUCCACUCCCUGCAGUAGCAGCCGCGGCUACGGGGGGAAGGGCGGGACCGGCGGCGCUGCAGGGAUGGCGAGGGAGGCGGCGCCUGGAGGUCGCCGAGCGCGCUUCAUUCAGCUCGACCUUCAGGACUCUCUCGCUUAGGAUAAAAGCGCCGCCCUGCCUUCUUCCCGGCGCAAUUGGGAGCGCUCCGUGUCCGAAGGAGCCCCAUUCACUCAGCCCGGGAAGAGCGGAGCGGCGAGGGAGGGGGCGCCUGACGCCAUCGAAGGGGGGCGGCGCCGCCGCCGCGGGAGCGCGCGCAGACGGCCCCUUUUAAAAGCGCCCCGCGCGCCUCGCGCCUCCUAGUCGGCACAACGCGGGACCAGCGGCGUGUCUGAGCGGCGCUUGCACAGCAUCACGCCGGCGCUCUGCUUUGCCCCUUCCGCCAGCCGCCCCACCUACUUCACCACCUCUUCUGCAAAAGAUGCCUCGCUAUGAGCUGGCUUUGAUCCUAAAAGCCAUGCAGAGGGUGAGUAUCUCUGUGUGUGUCCGUAGCAGGGGCGCUGCGCCCUCGCCCUUCCUCGCUGCCCUUCUCGCGUCCCUCAGUCGCAGCUGCUCUCUGAGCUUCCCGCGCCUGCCCGGCUUCCAUUUCCCGGCCGGGCCUCCCCUUCCCCUUCCGCCAGCCCUGUGCGUCCGCCCUUCCUCUCGUCCCCUCGGCGCGGAAAGAACACGCUUCUUCCACUCCGUUCCCUUUUCACACGUGCUCGGGCGCUGUGGUGGUGCUAGGGGAACAAGGGCUCCCUUAAGGAAAACGUGGGGUUGGCGCUUGCCCCCUUACGCUACAACGCUUUGCUCUCCCCGACCCCCAGCGCACGUGUACUUCCACUCGCGAACAAAAAAUAAAAAAGGGGGCAGGGGAGAGAAAGUGUCAAUAGAAUUGGUUGCUCUAGUUUUAAAAGGCAAAAUCUUCGAGGGGGCGGGUGUUCAGGAAGCACGGGCUGCAUUGGGUCUAGCGAGCCACAUGCGAGGUUUUCCUUUUUCACACAGACGUGGCGCGGCGGCCUCGUGUCGUUCCUUGGCAACGUUUUGUGGUCGCUGCCCAAACACCCCGGUUCAUUUUCGCGCAUUUGGAGCAGGGGCUCUACUAGUUGCCUGGGUGCAUUAUUGCCGGGCGUCGUUUACAAUUCCCUUCCCCUCUUAAAUUUCCAGUAUGUACGGAAGCAUGAAUUAAUUCCGUACAUCUGUACCGGGGCUGCCUAUAGCGAAGAACUUGUUUUGAAUAUUUGCCGCCAUCGUAACUCGCUGAGCUUCCGGGAUGCUGGCGGCGUUGUACAGUAGAGUAGACCGCUUGCUGGGUUGGUUUCUUGUUAAAUAAGCGAGUGUAAUUGGUGGUCUGCUAAAAAGCUGCUGGUCGGUGCUGCUGGCUGUAAUAGCCCCAGUAGAGGGCCCAUUACAUAGAAGCCAACUCCUUGGGGCCGAGGUCCCUUCAUGUGCCCCUUAAAAUAAUUUUGAGGGGCAGCCCCCACAAGUCGAUAGGCAUUGUCAUUCAAACACUGUGCGGUGCACCGCAUCAUGUGAUCAAUUAUGUGGGGCAGGGCUUACCCCCCCCCCCCAUAUUUUAUUCAAGUUGGUACCCCUGGCUUGUAACAGCCUCGGAGCCCCUGCUUUUCAUGCUGAACGUCCCAGGUUUAAUCCCCAGCAGCUCCAGCUAAGAAAAUUGCCUGCUUGAAAGACUGCAGGGACUGAGAUAAGACUGGACUAGUGGUCUGACACUGUAUAAGACAGAUGUCUAGGCAGAUGAAAACUAUCUCUAGGUGUGUGACAUAAUAUUCCGCAAAAAAUGUAGACUAGAGUACAAAUGUGACAAGUAAGUUCCUGCCCAUUUUCUCAGUUUAAUCAAUUCACAAAAACAGGGAUUAUUGUGCAAUAGGUUCUAACAAUUACCUGCCAGUGCAAACCUAUGCAUGCAUGCAUGCUCAGAAGUGAAUCCUACUGAUUUCAGUGAUAUUUACAUUCUUGAAUAAGUUUGUAUAGAAUUUUAGCCUGAAUACAGCAACUUGUAGCUUUGCUUACAUAGAUUAUCACUUAGUAAAAGUUAGCUGUACAGAUUAGAAGAUGAAGUCUGCGUUCUGUGCACACACUUCUUGAACGUAAUUGCCAGGUUUGAUUUGGAUCUCGGUUUAUUUGAAAAAUUGUGUGUAUUCCUAUUUUUUGAAUUUACUGGAGAGUGUGGGUGCCCAGUUAUUUCCAUUUGUUUUAGGUCUGACUUCAAUAUUUUAGCAUAGAACUUCACAGAUUGCAUAUUGAAAAACAAACACCUAAGUUUGAGAUACGGUCUUGAAUACUGUGGCUUUUGUGAACCCCUGAUGUUCCUCUUAAGUACAGAGAGAUGCUCAGUUGUAGACUGAAUCUUGUUUCUCAUUCUCAGAUGUUAGAGCAACUUUCUAAAAUACCUUUCAGAGAGCGUGAGGACAGAAACUGUCUAAACAAUCUGCGGUAACCAGCCUUCUGAGCCAAAAGUGCAUGGGAACCUUUGGAUCAGUGUUAGGAUAAUCUUAACUAGAGAUGUAUAAGGACACAUGGCAGCAGCUUCAGAGUAGCACGUUUGGGGUUCUGUGCAUGGUCAGGGUUGAUGGAAGCACCACAUUAGUUACCCUGUAGUAAUGAGUUGGUUCUGUUCCAACCAGCAGUGCAAUCUUAUUUUUCUUAAGAGAGAAAGGAUGAAAAAGAAGCAAGUAUUUUAAGUGGGCCCUUUGAUUCAUGUUGGGUGUAAAGUGUACCCUGAACUUUAAAAGGCUAUGAAACCUACUCUUUUUGCAGUAAAUCUGUGUUGUAAAUCCCAAAUGUUCACAGUAUUUGCUAGCUACAUAGAAUAUGGAAAUGCAGCAUAGAGAGUUGGCUGCCUUAUGCUCAUACGCUUAAUUUUUCACUUCUGAACCUAUUUUGAUGUUGGGAGUAAGAGCCCAUUUCAUUGGAAGUCACUUCUAUAUAAAAAUUCUGUUUAGUAGGUUUGAGGUGUAUGUCUUAAUUGCUGCUCUGUACAUUCACCAGGAGAGGGUGAUAAGAUAUGCUUAUUGCUAAAGCUGUCUUCCUAGAAGAGGAGGCUUUUCAUUUGACCUCAUUCAUAAAAAUCUGGUUCACUCUGCUCAACUUGUUAACUCAUCAACUUUGAGCAAAUAUUCUAUAUCUAUAGUUAAAUUAACUCUGAUUUUCAAUAUAAAGUUAAGCAAAUAAAUACUUAAAUUUAUUUUGGGAUUUUUGAACUCUUUUCCUUUUUAAUCAUUAUCAGUUUUCACAAUAUAGUAAUACAAUAUAGCAGCUACUUUUUACAAAAAAUUCAAGUAUAUUUUGGUUUCUCAUUUUAGUGGAAGAGCACAUGUAGAGGUGUAGUGGACAGUGUGUUAGGCAGGCUUUGUUACAGAGGUGCAAGUUAAUAAAGGAAACAAAAAAGAAGAAAGGAAAAGACAUUAAAUGCAUGAAAGAAAGGAACAAGAGUGGAGGAAGAACACAAAACAUUUUGCUUUACCUCUUAGCAUUAUGAGUACAUGCUGUAAUUCCUCAGUCUCCGUGAGAAGUAAUCUGGGGAAAUGGACUUGUCUUUAUUCACCUUGUUUGUUUUUUCCAAGACACAAUUAUACUUUUCUAUUAAAAAAGGGGGCGGAGUAUUUUCUUAGUUGCAUUUGGCAAGGCUAGUAUAGACCUCUUUGUAUUUUAGGGGUGCCCACUAUUAUCUAUUGGUUGCUUUGAGUCCUUCCAUUAAUUGAUUGCUUUAAAAAUUGACAAAUAUUUUAUUGCCUGUAAAGGUGCUUUGCAGUUGGACCAUGUCAGACAUGUGAUUUGCCAUGCUUGCUUACCUAGUGUUUGAUUCGAGAUGAGCAGAUGAAUGUCCAACUACAUUCCAUCUAGCCAUGUAGUAGUAACCCUGUAAGGCAGGGGUGGUGAGUACUCAGCAGUGAGUAGGGAUACCUCAUUCUCUCCUUUUCUCUUCUUCCUGCACUGUCAGCUCUGUUGAGAAGGUCAGACUCCAGAGGUGUGAAUUGAUAGGUUGUAGCAGGAUCCCAUUCCCUCACAUUAUUGUCACUUCAUCUGUUUGGACUUUCCUUGUGUCUUCCCGCCCUAUAUGCCUUCUCUCCCUCACCUGCAUGAAAUUAGGCUGAGAGCCUCAAAUGCCCAUCUCUUCAUUUGUUGUGACUGUAGGGUUUGGAGGCCCAAAUGUGAUUGGCAGCAGACCUGUGCCUUUAAAUUUGAGUCUGUUUCACUCGUGUAGUUCUUGAGAUAAGGACUACAAGUAGGGCAGGAUGUGCGAGGGUAGAUUUCAGCAAUUCCCACCCACACAAUUGUUUGGCAGUUUCAUUUUUUUUCUGCUCUACAUAUACACCUUUAAAGACAUGGACCUGCUGCCAUCCUGUUUGCUAGGGGUCUGUAUUGUGCUUGAAUUAUAUGAACUUGUUCUGAAAACUUGUUAAAACAAUCUAAGGAUGCUGUUGCUUUUAGUCUUUGUUCUUAGUUGUAGUUUUUGCAUUACUUUGUUCUUACAGAAUUAAAAUGUUUAUAAUGAGUUACUUGUAACCUGCCUUUCUCAUUUUGCAGAAAGGUGAGCUAGAAAUAUUGGGCAUAAAAGGAUGAAUACAAAGGUGGCCUAAAGGAUCUGAUAUUGCUGAUCCGUUACUGUUGGGUGCUUGCAUUUCAUUGUAGUUAGUUCUGUAAUAAUAGCAAUGAAAAAUGUUCUCAUUUAGUACUAGCACUAAUAUUGAAGAAUUAUAGUUCCUGUUACUGUUGAACGUUUGAUAACAACAAUUCACUUGAUGCCAUUAGGGCUGUAUAAACAGUUUAUUAGCACAGGUAAAUAUUUAUUUAAAGUAGCUUCUGUCAUGUGGAUCACCUCUUAUUUUGAGUAGAAGGAUGUGAUCAUAUGAGAAAAUUAGUCAUAUGUACAGUAUAAGGCAAGAGUGGCAGAAAGUAGAUCAUAGUGGAUCACUGACCAGUUUCUGUGUAGAUGAUCUAGUGUCUGUUGGUUGCUGGAACUCUUGUGAAGAAUGCAGAUCUAAGUCUGAAACUUACUCUAAUUGGAACUUGGUGCUGUCCAGGUUUUGAUGGACUUAAGCUUUCAUCAGCCCCAGCCAGCAUGACAAAUGGUCAAGUAUUUGUAGGGAGUUGUAGCAAAUGGUCCAACAACAUCUAGAGGGUACUAGAUUGGAGAGGGCUUGUGUAACGGCUGAACAUCUGACAACAAACAAAUGAAAGGGUUACAGGCAAGAAGAACAAAAUGCACCAUUUUGAAUGCAGAGAUAGCAGUCAAUUUGCAUUGUUAAGAACCCAGUUAACAGAUAAACUGAUUAUAGUAUAGCGUACAAGAUGUACAAUAAACUAUUUGUAACACAAAACUUUGCCACUCUAUUUUAUCCAAGGCUAAUGAAGGAAUGACAUUUUUAUUUAGCAGCGUUAAACAGCACUUUUGAGUAGAGUUUGUUUUUUGUGUACUAGAAGAUUUUAGUUUGGCUGAUUGGAAAGGGUUUGAAAGGGAUCAUUGAGGAUGAUCUCUGUUGUGCCCAACUGUGGCUUCAUCUGCAGAGACCUCUCUAAAACAAAAACCAAAAACAAAAAGCCAAAACGUUGAUAGUUGGCUGUUCAGAAUGGGGUCUAGUUGCUCCUAAUGGGCGCCAUUGGAUCAGAAUAUUAAUAUUCUUCAGUGUCCCUUAAUAUUUCACCUUCCUAUUGUAGACAUCUUUAUUAUAUUGGUUUUGCAAAUCUCCAAGCCAGGAAUAGGCAAACUCCAGCUCUCCAGAUGUUUUUGAGACUACAAUUCCCAUCAUCCCUGACCACUGGUCCUGUUAGCUAGCGAUGAUGGGAAUUGUAGUUCCAAAACAUCUGGAGGACCGGAGUUUGCUUAUGCCUACUCUAAGCCAAUAACAAGGCUUACGCUGGCGUGUAUUGAAUUUUGGUAAACUUAAGUUUUAUAGGUUUAUAUGGGCAAUCUGUUUCAAUGUAUGGUUAUGUGAACCAUGCACACCAGUCAUCUAACAUGGAGCAUUUUAGUUUUGUACGUUUGAGUUCACAUCUGCUUGUAUCCUGCUAUUCUUGCUUCUUUCCUGUGUGUUUACUUACACCCACUCCCCCGCCUUUGAUUUCCUCAUUCCCUAUGUUCUUGGAACUUGUUAAUGACUUACCUUGUUUAUGAAUAUUUUCCUUUUCCCCACAGUUUCCUGUUGCUAGAAAAAUGGGGGGCCUUUUCAGCUUUUAAGGAAACAAAAUGGGGCUUAUAAAAAGGAAACAAAGAUCAAAGCUCUGUUGAUUUUAUAGAUUGAUGCACAGAACCCCCCCCCCCAAAAAAAAAACAACAACACUUUCUGCAAAUGUACAGAGAUAACUUAUGGAACAGAGUUAGAUAGACACAUGGGGGGCACUUACAAAGACAGAAGAAGGGCAGGUAUAUUGUGUCAAGUUCUGUAGAAAGUAAUUAAACCACAGAAGGUGGGACUGCAAUGGCACAGAACAUGAUCUAGUCCAUCUUAGGUUUCCAUGCUAAAAUUAAUUUUUGUCAGGCCUUCCAUGUUCUUGCCUUCCCCUGCCCCAUUACUUUACAGUCUUUUUGAACAUGUUACACAAGUCAAACCCAAAGUAAAAGACUGUGUAAUUGUACAGUACAUUGCAAUAUCUAUGCAGUGUUGGGUUAUGAUGUGAUUUUUGCCUCUAGUGUAUCAAGGGCAGCACUGGAGAGUCAGGUGGUGGUGUAGACCUAUUUUAUGUCAUAGAACAUCAGUCUUCGUACUUCAUUUCAGUGUUAGAAACUCAGAUAUAUAAACCAGGCACCAAAUGGCACCUUAAGCUGAGGUUACAGGUGCCAAAACAGAAUGUCUAGCUGCCAUUUUGGGGCAAGACGGCUCUAAAGUCUUUAUUUUUCAAAUGAUGGACUGACUGUGAUUGAUUCUCAGUUAAACAUCUGGCUAGUUCAGAUGACAACCUUGAGCUAGGUUAAGAGCUUGUAGAACUCAAAGAAGAAAGUUCCUUGAUCCAGGGACAGUCCACAUAUAUAUUGGUCCAUUCCAACCUCUCUUUCUUAAUGGUGACACGGACUAUUCAUAAUGUAAGAAUAUUCUUCACAACUGUGAGCAGGGCAGUGGGGUAAGUGAAGACAAGCGACAACAAUUAGCUAUAAUGUUCGCUGCUCCUGCUCAGGCUGCAAAGAAAAAGCAUUUUGAUUCCAGAAAUUCAUUCCUGUUGUACAGAUAAAAUAUAACUGAUGGAAUUCUGCAGGGUGGGGCAUUAGUGUGUAAAAACAGUCCAGAUCCAAGGAUCCCCAGGCGUGCACCUCCAGAAUGUGAAGAUGUCAGGCCAUCUUCACUUGGUCGCAAGUGGCCAAUAGCCAGGUGCAAAAUGCCCCUGGUGCCUGGCUAAUUUUGAACACUGCUCCAGUUGCACUAUAAACCCCUACUGCCUGUGCCAUAGAUUAUUCAUCCAUGUCUUAUAAAUUAUGGACAUUUACAUGCUGGAUUGUCUAGGCUCCCCCGUCCUAGUUCCUCCUCAACACUCCUAGGUUGUUACCUACUUCCUAUUGUACAUUCCCAACUGCUGUCAUCGUUAUGGUUGGGAAAAUGUAGCACAGUGCUAUGAUGUGCGUGAGAGGAUACAUGGUUUUUCAUUCUAGACUUUAAAAUAAGUCUGUAAUAAUACUGCAUUCAGAGAGAUGGUAUGUGCAUGUAGGUGCCAUAACACUACAUUUCUCUGAUCUGGGGAAGUGUAGUGGACUUGGCAAUUGGAGAGGGCAAUGUACGGUGAAGGAACAUAGUGUGCAGUGUGCCACUCAGUUAAAUUUUUGCUGCAGUUGUGUCAGUGGUGUAUUAUAUAUGUAAUCUACUGCUACAGCACUAUUCAGUGACAUUGGCUGUACACAGAAUCAGUUUGAAAAUCAAUGAUAAAUUUAGAUGAAUUGUAAAUGUGAUGUGAUCAUGUAUAUCCUGAAUAAAGUCUGAUAGUGUCUGUGUGGUGUUGAUGUAUCAUUUUGAAUAUAAAAAUUUCUCUGGCCAGAAAGAUACAUAUUUUUAUACUGCUGCAAAUCUGCCAUCUUGUUCCAAGAAAACAAUACACAUUCUGUUAGUUUAUUAGUGAACUCUGUUUACAGUCUAUGAAAGAAAUUUCAUGCCUGAGAUGCAGAAUUCUUCAUAACAUUUACAAGGGAAGAAAAGCUCUAUUCAACUACUUGUUAUGACAAAAUUCAAUUUUUUUCCUGAUACUUGGUAAAAGCCUUUUCUAAUUCAAUCUCUGUCUUUUGUCUUUGCUACCUUGCAGGGUUGGUACUGUAGGCCUCACUAGACUUAGCUGCAACUAAGAAUUUCUCCUACAUCAACCAAGUUAAUGGUGAUGCUCUUGUGGAUUGGUGAAUAAAAGUGCGUGCUAAAUAUUUCAGAAGCGCAGAAAACAAUUUUUUCUUCUCAAAGUUGUACCACAACCACUACCAUCAAGAUAGCAAACCAAUGGACAAAGAAUUUGAUCCACAGUAUUUGUAAAACUAAAGAUUUGUUUUACUAAGGCUUGAGGUCUGUGACCUGGACAUCAGCUUUUGGAAGCUCCUUUGUUUACAGAAAUGAGGGCGGUUUUGGAACCAGCAGACAUUGCCAUUGUGGCACUGUAUUUUGUGCUUGUGCUGUGCAUAGGCUUUUUUGCCAUGUGGAAAUACAAUCGGAGCACUAUAAGUGGGUACUUCCUGGCAGGGCGAUCUAUGACAUGGAUGGCAAUUGGUGCUUCCUUGUUUGUGAGCAACAUUGGGAGUGAACACUUCAUUGGGCUUGCAGGAUCUGGAGCAGCAAGCGGAUUUGCCGUGGGAGCAUGGGAACUCAAUGCCUUAAUGCUUUUGCAACUCUUAGGAUGGAUCUUUGUUCCGGUUUACAUACAUUCUGGAAUAUACACCAUGCCUGGAUACUUAUCCAAACGUUUUGGAGGGCAUAGAAUUCAAGUAUACUUUGCCAUGUUGUCUCUAAUUCUGUAUAUCUUCACCAAACUUUCAGUGGAUUUGUAUUCAGGUGCAUUGUUUAUUCAAGAAUCACUAGGCUGGAAUAUUUAUUUGUCGGUAAUACUGCUGAUUGGAAUGACUGCACUGCUGACUGUGACUGGGGGUCUUGUGGCAGUUAUCUACACAGACACUAUUCAAGCUUUGCUUAUGAUUAUUGGUGCCCUCACCCUUAUGAUUAUAAGCAUGGUAGAAGUUGGUGGAUUUGAAGAGCUGAAAAGAAAGUACAUGUUGGCAAAACCAAAUGUUACAUCGAUCUUGUUGACUUACAACCUUUCCAAUACGAAUUCCUGUCAUGUUGAUCCAAAGCCUGAUUCGCUGAGAAUGUUACGUGAACCAACAGAUGAAGAUGUUCCGUGGCCUGGUUUCCUUUUUGGACAGACGCCAGCUUCUGUUUGGUACUGGUGUGCCGACCAAGUCAUCGUUCAGAGGGUUUUAGCAGCAAAAAACAUUGCUCAUGCCAAAGGAUCCACCCUAAUGGCAGGUUUCUUAAAGCUUCUGCCUAUGUUCCUUAUAGUUAUUCCAGGUAUGAUUUCACGAAUACUGUUUGCAGAUGAUAUUGCGUGUAUCAAUCCAGAGCAUUGUAUGCAAGUUUGUGGAAGCAGAGCUGGGUGUUCUAACAUUGCCUAUCCACGUUUGGUAAUGAAACUUGUUCCUGUUGGCCUGCGAGGCCUCAUGAUGGCUGUAAUGAUUGCUGCACUGAUGAGUGAUUUGGAUUCUAUCUUUAAUAGUGCCAGUACCAUAUUCACACUUGAUAUCUACAAGCUCCUCAUACGGAAGAAUGCAUCAUCUAGAGAACUGAUGAUUGUUGGAAGAGUUUUCGUUGCUUUCAUGGUGGCAAUAAGCAUUGCCUGGGUCCCAAUUAUAGUGGAAAUGCAAGGAGGUCAGAUGUAUCUCUAUAUACAAGAGGUAGCAGACUAUCUGACUCCACCAGUGGCUGCUAUUUUUCUCUUGGGUGUAUUUUGGAAACGUUGCAAUGAGCAGGGGGUCUUCUUUGGUGGAAUGGUUGGAUUUGCCUUGGGAGCUGUACGACUUAUACUGGCAUUUAUCUAUCGUGUUCCUGAGUGUGACCAGCCAGACACAAGACCAUACUUUAUCAAAAGUAUCCAUUACAUGUAUGUUGCUACCGCACUGUUUUGGAUCACUGGAAUUACUGCUAUAGUAGUAAGCUUGCUUACACCACCACCCUCAAAAGAACAAAUUCGGACGACAACGUUUUGGUCUAAGAGAAACAGGACCGUAAAGGAAAGCGCUUCAGCAGGCAGUUCGUUCAAAGCACAAGGGAAGACCGUCUUAAAAUACAGCGACACUUCAAAUCAUAUCACUUCAAAUGGGAAAUCUGAAGAAAAUAUUAAAAAUGAUCAGCCUGAAAAUGUUAAUCUCUUAAUUACUUGCAGAGAUGAGAGCAAUCCAGUGAUAUCUUUAAGCAACUCUGAAGUUGAGACUCCAGUUGAUAGUUAUUCUAAUGGACAGGCAGCUCUUAUGGGUAAAGAGAAGACUGGUGAAGAGACUGAAAGUAGUGACAGACACUGGAAAUUCAUAGAUUGGUUCUGUGGCUUUAAAAGCAAAAACAUGAACAGUCCAGUCAGAGAUAAGGGGGAAGAAGAGACUAUGUGUCUACAAAUGCUGGAAGAGACUCCAAAAGCUAAAUUAAUACUAAACAGUGGACUAUUUUGUGUGUGUUCAGUUGGAAUAUUCAUGUUUGUUUAUUUCUCUGUGUGAACAAAUGAUGAAUUUUAUUUGGUCAGAUACACAGAAGUAGAGAUAGAGGUCCUUGGAGAAAUAUUUAUAUCUCUGUGUGUGUGUGUGUGUCUUAGUCUUAUAUCUCAGGAUUCCUUUACGCUUUUAUCGUCAGCCAAAUUAUUUUUCAACCUUUUUGAAAAUCAUUAGACGUUUUAUAUGUUAGCAUUUCUGUUUUAAUGCAAAAUGUUUGUGGGAUUAAGUGCAGUACUAAAUGUUGGGUUUUUGUAUACCAAAGUAAGAGAUAAAUGUGUGUUGAGAGGUAAAAUAUUAAAAAACUCUCAGAGGUCCAGCAAAAGUGAAAAAAGUGUUAUAGUUAAAAGGGGCAAAACUGUACAUUAUGAAGAGCAUUCCAGAGUAUUUUUGAGUGUCAGAAGAUGAUAUCUUUUAGGAAUCGUAAUCAAGUAACUUUCUGUGAUUUCUCCCUAUAUUCUUAAAACAUCAGACCUAUGUUCCUAACAACAACAACAAAAAGAAAAAAGACACCAGUAUUCUAAUUAAAUAUUAUGUGAUCGCUGAAAUUUUGCAUUGCUGAAUCUAUAAUUCCCUUUUUUCCUUUCUAGAUAAAACCACAUAUUUAUUUUAAAACACUUCAGUCUUGCUAGCUGUUAGAAACCUGAAUAUACAAAUAAAAACAGAAGAUACAACUAAAUUCUACUCAGAGUAGACCCAUUGAAAUCAAUUGACUUUUUAAAAAGUUGAAUAUUGCCUAUUAGCCUUCAAAGUUAUGCAGAAAGAAUGUUUCAGAUGAUGGACAGGGGAGUCUGACUUGCAUAUUCUCUUCACAAAACCAAAUACUCAGUGUAUAUCUGAAUUUUCCUGUGCUUGAAUUUUGCACGUUAAAAAUAAAAGAAUUACAAUUGCAAAAGGAAAUAUCCUAGCGACGCUUCACAAAGCCAGCUUCUUUAUUUGUUGUAUAAUGAUCUGUCUGAAACAGUUCACAAUUGGAUAUGGAAGCAACAAAUAGCACAAGCCUUCUAUGAGGACAAUGAGUCUGUACAAAAUUAGGCAAAAUAAUAUUCCAAACUUCUUUUUAAAAUUGUAUGUGGUUUUGUUUUUGUUAGGCUGAGUAGGAACAGAGAGGGAGAAUUAAACUUUGCUUUUCCCCUUUAAAAAAAGAAACAUCUCCACCUACUGGUUUCAAUAUAUGUGUAGGCUGCAUGUUGAGACUACAUGUCUCCUACAGAUACUUUGAGAAGUGUAGUAUAGUAAGUAAGGCUCUGGUAAUGAAAGCAGAACUGAUUUAAAUGGGGUUAUUCCAGCUCAUCCAUGGAUACUCAGCAACAGUAAUAUUUUUACUUCAGUACGCAGGCAAGCAUAUGAACUGUUCCUUGUCCUCCCUCUACCCCACCCCACCCCACCCCCCAAAGCUUAGAGUAUAAUGCUAGAGAAGAACUUCCAGUUUGGUGGCUGCUGCUGCUGUAGCAAGAAGGACUGCCCCCCCCCCAAUCCUGGUGCCUUGAAUGCUUCCGUAGCAGUGUGGAGAAGGACAGGGGAGCAUGCCGUCUGCAACACUGCAGCCACAAGGUUGUGGGCCCAUAGAGGUGGGAACCAGCAAUUAAGAGCAAAUUUUGGAACUCUUACUGAGAACUCUUUCCCAAAGUCAAUUUUAUUGCUAGCCCCGAUUCAAAAAGGGCCUAGUUUGUCCUAGGGUUCAAAGCUCCAGUUUAAUAAAAAGAGCAUUCUGGUAAUAGUUAUGGAAUGUAACACUGAGAGCUGAGAUCCCAUGCCGAAUAAAUAUUUUUUAUAUAUACAAACUUUGUGCUUCUGCCUUGCAAAUGCAAGGUGUCCUGAAACAGCUGAAAACAAUACUUUAUUCAGGGUUUCCCAAACUUGGAUCUCCAGCUGUUUGGGGAAGUACAGUUCCUAUCAUCUCUGACCACUGGUCCUGUUAGCUAGGGAUGAUGGGAGUUGUAAUCAGCUGGAGACCCAAGUUUGGGAAACCCUGUAUUUAAUAACAAAAUCAAUUUGGUAUCAUUUUCAGUUCUUUUCAGUUUCUUCCAUACUACUUAUCAGUGGAACAACUGGCUUACUAAGGUGACAGUUUUUACUAAAUGGUUGUAGACUAUGUAUAGAACUAAUGCAUAUAUUCUGAACUAUUGAUUUUAAGCUUGUAUAACUGAUACAGUUUUUAAAGAACAUGCUGUUUAAAUGCACUACAGAGACUUUGGCUUGAAUGGCCUCUGUUGAUGAUUAUGAAUUGAGACCUUGCUUGUGUACUGGGCCAAGAGUUUAUUUAAACCAGUGGCCUUCCAGGGUCAAAGGAAGGGGGUGAUACAAGCUUUGAGAUGGGUAAGUACCAUCAUUGCUAAGUGCUAGAGGAUAGUUGCUAUUUCUGGCACUUGUAGAGAUGGUUGUGUUGACUGCAUUGCCAGUUGUCAUGUUGCAGGUGGACUAACUCAGGAAUUAAUUUGGCUCCCACUUUUCUUCCCUAAGAUGCCUUGUGUAAACUAAGCCAUUUUCCGGGCCUUACAGCCACAUUAAAAUAGCAAUGUCUAAUACUUCCUCGGUCCCAAUCCCAAGUCAUUUAAUACGUUUGCAGUAUUAUGAAUGUAAAUGGCAGAGUUUGUGGAUCUAUUUUAAAUGGACUCUUAAUGCAAUACAGCCAUAUUCCAAGUGACAAUGCAGCACUUAAACACCUAAAUAUUGAAUCAUUUCACAGUUUUAACAAUAGUUAGAAAGGUUUGCCAAAGUCCACAGAACAAAUUUACCUGCCAGUUUUCCAUUUGGGCCUUCUUUUCUCUUUCCUUACCAAUGAUGCAUGGUUUGUGCAGAUAAGUAGCUUGCAAUAUUAUGUCUUCAUUUAGACAGCUGUAUGGCAACUUCUAAUUUUUUUUCAGCAUACUUACCUCUCUUUACUUCUGGGCUCUCCUGGGAUUGUGUUGUUCUAAAACAGAGACUGCCUAUCACUUUAAGUUGUGUGAGAUAAAUCCUGCUGGUUAACCACAGUGGUUGGGAACACUCAGGAUGAAACAUGUUUUAAGAGAACUGUGUUGGAUCAAACCAAGGGUCCAUCUAGCCCAGUACCCAGCUUGCCACAGUGGCCUAGGGGUUUGCCCCCUUGCUGUAUUCUAGACUCCAAACCAAGCUAAAACAAACUAGUACAUCAAGCCAUGGAUAACUUGAUUUGUUAACUAAUGGGUUAGAACUAACUAUAGUUCCAAGUUCAUACCCAAUACAGAAUUCUUGUUUAUUUGUCUGUGGAGCAGAGGAAAAUGGGAGCAUGCAAGUCUUUUACUUGCCGUGGCUUGUUCAUCCUCCUCUUCCUCUUCCUCCCUUAUACUAGUAGAACCUGGGACUAUCCAGUAAAGCUGAAAGUUGGAAGACUAAGGAUAAACAAAAGAAAAUACUUUGCCACACAGUGCAGAGUUAAACUGGUAUUUGCUUCCACAAGAUACAUUGAUGGACACCAACUUGAUGACUUUAAAAGAAGAUUAGACAAAUGCAUGUAGAAUAAAGCUGUGUUUGGCCUCCACUGUCAGUGGCAGUAUGCCUCUGCUUACCAGUUGCUGGAAAGAACAAAUGGGGGAGAGAUGGAGCACUCAGGUUGUGCUUGCAAGUUCCCCAGAGACAUCUGGUUGGCCACUGUUAGAACAGGAUGCAGGACUAAAUGGACUUUUGAUCUGAUGCAGCAUGGCUGCUGUAAAGUUAACCUGUUUUACCCAACCUGGUACCUUCCAGAUGUUGGGGUUUACAGUUUACAUAGUCCCUAAGCAUUAGCCAUGCUGCCUUGGGCUUUUUGAAGUUGUAGUCAUCAAGUGGAGGGCACCAGGUUGAGGAGGGUUGAACUAUAGCUAGAUUGUUUGAAUCCAGCUAUUCAUUGAUGGGCAUGCUCUCAGACUAGAACCUGGCAACCCCAUUUCCUGCUGUUUGUCUCCUAGCAGACUAUAUCCUAAGUGUAACUUAGAUUAUGUGACUUCCUAAUUGAGUCCUCCUUUGUUGUAAGAACCAUGAACUGAGUUUCCCAUAUUCCUUUUCCUACCUAACAUUCCAUUUAGAAUAUUUUGUAUCUAUGGUUUCCUUUUAAACUGAGAAAGUAAAUGUGUAAUAGUGCCUUUUGGUAGCAGAAUAUAACCUUGUUAGGUUAGUGCAUCUCAUCUGUGAUGAAAAUACUUAUACCUUGCUGACUCUUCACAUUUCUACCAAUGCCAUUAGGGAACAUUAUAUUUUUCUAAAUCUUUCUCUUAUGUGUCUUUCUAGUCAUGACUAGAAAUUUAUUUAAACAGCAGGUCGUAGCCUAAAUUACUCAUUAAUGGCUGUUCUGUGUAAUGGUCUGUUUUGCUUUAAAACAUAUGGGGAACCUGUGACCCACUAGAUACUAGUGACCAUUGAUCAGGAAGGAUGGGAGUUGCAUUGGAUGGCCACAGCUUCCCGCUUCCUGCUUUAAAAGAACACCCAGUAUGUAGAACAAGUAAUCUCUAAAGAAUAAAAACGUUUGCUAUUUAUCUCUGGAUUUCUGCAUGUUAUAUAGCCCUCUGAUGCUUAACUGUAUUUAGCAAUGUAUACAAGAGAAAUUAGUCUCAUCACAAUGUCUUUAGAGCCUACGUAAAGUAGCUCAUAAGCAGACCCUUUUGGCAGUUCAUAGAACAUAGAGUUGGAAGGGACUCCAAGGGUCAUCUAAUUCAACCCCCUGCAAUGCAGGAAUCUCAGCUAAAGCACCCAUGACUGAUGCACAUACAGCCGCUGCUUAAAAACCUCCAAUGAAGGAGAGUCCACCAUCUUCCAAGGGAGUCCAUUCCACUGUUGAACAGCUUUUGCCAUCAGAAAGUAGUCGGAAUAUCUUUUCUUGUAACUUAAAAGCCAUUGGUUUGAGUCCUUCCCUCCAGAGCAGGAGAAAACCAGUUGCGCUAAGUGGGAAUUUGUUUUAAUAGCUUCUGAGAUUAACACAAUGAGCAUUCUUAAACUGCUGUAAUAUCGCCUGCUCUUUCUAAUAAAUCCUGUCUGUUUAGCAAAAUUCUAGCUUUGAUCCUCUGAACUCCAGUGGAUUUUGUUUGUUUCAUUCUAUGUUGAAUAUGCCUUUUAUCAGUCUGGAGGUUUGUGGUGUAGACAGAGGGGAACUUUAUUUGUUGUAUUAUACAGUUGGGUAUGUGUUUUCUUCCCAUUGAUCAAUACUACUUCCAUAGGACCUAAAUCUUUUGACCACUAUCAGUGGCUAUAGCCCUGCAUUCUGGAACUAGGCAAGCAUUCCAGAGGUGGGCCUAGUUGUUUGUGUGAACAUCAUUCCGGGUGUCUGGCAAUUUAUUGCCUUAUGUGUGAACAUGACACUUAACCAAGCCCUACUUUAGAUACCCACAUAUUUUCAUGAAUUUAAAAUGAUGGUUUUUAAACGUUCAUUUGCUUAUUUAAGCCAACAGAAGCAUCAGUCAGAAAACUGUACGUGGGCCUUAUUUUUGCAUUGUUUUCAGGAACAGCGUAGCUUCUGUUUAGGCAAGUGUUCUUAAUUUCCUUUUGUCACCAUCUAGAAGUGACAAAAGACUAAUGAUUGUGUGCUAUCCAUUCCCCCUUCCUCUCUCCUUUCCAUCAGUCAUCUGAAAAGUACAAUAUCUUCCUGGGAAAGGAAUGGGUUGGAUUGUAGGCUAACAAUUACUUAUGAAAUGUAGACAGAAAAAUGUGCUUAGAAUGAUUUUACAGCUUUAUUUUUAAAUCAUUGUCAUAAGGCAAAUUGCAGUGUACUGGGUUUGUUUCAGUCUCGCCCACCCCUAUAAAGUAUAUAUAUAUAUUGAAUUCACAAAUCUAGUCUUUUAAGGAAAAGAUUAAAUUGUGUGACGUAUUUUAAACGUAGAUAGCCACUGUUCGUUUGGUAUGCUGUCUGUCUGUGCCUUUAAAAGUAUAUGUUUUGAAAUAAAACUAACAUUCUACAUGUAAUGUUUCAAAUCAAAGAUGUGUCUGAUGUUUAAGGGUUCUUUUGAUAGAAAUUGUGUAUAACUCAGUGGUUUUAAAUCUGUUUUAAUUAGCUGUAGGGUCAUAGUUCUAGAAUGAAAGUAUAUAUAAUUCAGAUGUUUAAUUUCACUGUGAGGUCUGUAAAUUCUUGUUGGCAAAAAGCUUUUCUUUCGUACAAAACAGUCUGGGGUAUGGAGGGUGCCGGUUUAAAACAAAAGGCUUUAUUUUUGUUCUGAUUGUAUCUAAUAUAAAAUGUUAUGUAGUGGCAUUUGGUGACACUACUUUUCCAUAGCAUUUAUUAGCUUCACUGGGCAAAGCCAGACACUGAGCAAUGAUGGAAAUGACAUACAAGAAUACUAAGUGUCUAAGAAUACAUGCUUUUAAAUGAGGUGGAUAUAAAAAUAGUUGCUGUGCAAAAAAAUUAGUAGUCUUCUUCAAGAAGAAAGCAAAUUCUUUUCUAAUAAUGCUAGAUAAAUCCUUUUUGUUCAUUCUUGGUUUUAAGAACUGUCAGUGUAAUGCUACUUAUAUCGUGUAUCUUUUUAAUAUUACUAUUACAUUUUUUUAAAGAGACGUGAAGUGUUUUUAUUGCUGUUGUACUUUCUGUAGCAUUUAAAUAAAUUACAAUUGCUUUGGUUUUUUUAAAAGAAACAUUAAAAGAUUUUGCAGACCAAAAACAAAUGUUGUGCAGCAUGUCAAAUCUUGAACGCCACCCAAACUUUGGGAGGGGGGCAGGAAUUAACCAAAUGGGCAUAUAGAUGUAAUAAAUCUACUUGAUUUCAGAGCUCUUUGGCCACUUUUUUAAAAAUUAAAAAACAUACGUAUGACCUGAAAAGAAUGAAAUUUUGAAUAAGAUACCCAUGUAGUAAGACUAUCUAGAAGUGUUAUGAAAACAGAGAUUUUGUAAUUGUCCAUUGCUACCACCCACAAUUACAAAUUUGUCAUAGAAUAUUGGUUUGAUCCAGUGUAUAGAACAUUGCUAAUAUGACAGUAAGUAAAUUCUGAUGAAAAAUUCAGUUCUUAUUGCUAGCCCUGUGUUUGUUUGUUGUAUAUUGUGUACUUAUUUUGCCUUCUGCAUUAGUCUUCAAAAUAAACUCUUAUUAGAGUAUUUGUAUAAUUAAAACUGUAUUUCUUGCAGUUUACAUUCCUUUUGAAUGUGGAAUUUUUGUCCUCUCAGAGUUAUUAUAUGGAAAUGUUUCAACUUCUGUACAAAGGUCAAAUAAAAGUACAAAAUAAAGAAACAAACUCACAAGUAUUUUUCAAACUGUUUUGGAACUUGGUAGACAAUGUAUUAACUUUCUGGUAAUAUUUUUAAGUCCCAACCACUUGUUUUGCACCUUUCAUUGUGAAAGAUUCCUAAUUGAAUCCUUCAGUGGUUUAUAAACACUCAUUUCAGAUCAGUUUUGUUUUGAGGAACGGUUUUUGUGAGGCAACAAAUGUGCAUGACUUAUUUCUGAUCUCCAGAUGAAGAGAGUGAGCACUGUUCACCUAGUGGCAAAUAUGCUAUGCAGGCACACCUUGCGAGUGUUAAACAUUCUUAUCCAUUGGCCUUGCUUCACCUUCCUUGCAAGGCAGGAUCCACUGCCCACUCACUAGCAGCUUCUACAGUUUUUCUUCCUUUUUGCUACCCCCUCCCAAACCUCUUUGCAGUGGCAGACCUUGGGAUCUAUUUAAAUUGCUUGCAAUAAUCCUUCAAAAGCAAGCAAGGAUUGUGGUUGUAAACUUAGAACAUUGGCUAUAUUUCUGUUUUGUCCCAUCUGCUGACCAUACUCGGUAUAUCCUUAGCACUUAAAAUACGCUUCAGUGCUAUUGUGGUUUUGGGGUGGUUUAUUUUGUUUGUUUUUUGACCCUGAAGAUGUAAGAGAUACGUGUUCAAGAGCUGCAUAGGGUCUUCUUCAGCCAACAUUAAUUAAAAAAAGGCCUUUAACUACAAGCUGCACAACUUAUUGUGAAACCUCCCCUUCCGAUUUUGUGAUCCUGUUUCCCCAGUGGAACAUGAAGUAACUCGCAUACCUAAAACAAUGGUUCUAUUGUUGAAACAGAUACUUAUUUCAUACUUGCAAAGACUUCGGUUGCAUGCGAAAAUUUCUUUCCAACUGGUUCUGUAUUUUUUCUCCAAAGCCACUCUCCUCUGUGGCAGGAGACACCAAGGAAAAACUAGUGAACACAUCAACACAAAUGCAUUGUCCCAACACACAUACAGUGGUACCUCGGGUUAAGUACUUAAUUCGUUCUGGAGGUCUGUUCUUAACCUGAAACUGUUCUUAACCUGAGGUACCAUUUUAGCUAAUGGGGACUCCCACUGCCGCCAUGCCACUGCCACUCGAUUUCUGUUCUUAUCCUGAAGGAAAGUUCUUAACCCGAGGUACUAUUUCUGGGUUAGUGGAGUCUGUAACCUGAAGCGUCUGUAACCCAAGGUACCACUGUACACCCACACUGCAUAUACUUGCACAUUCAGGGUCCCUUGGAAAUGAGAAUCUUCAGACUAAGUUGUAUUCUGGAAAUCUAGUUGCCGAGGAAGCAAAAUAUCACACACACACAAAUCAAAUUCAUACAUAACAAAAGUGUGCAAGCAGGACAAAAUCAAAUAUUGAGAAUGGUCCUUUAAUUGCAGGAGAUGGGUCUGUUCUUGAACUCCGCAGCUCCUGCCUUCACAUUAUUUCAGAUUACUUGUUCAUAACAAGGAGUUUCACUGGAGGGAGGCAAGAAUGUGUGUGGGGGGGAGACACACACACGCUUCACAGAUAUGGAAUGCACUUCUCUGAGUGCUCACUUUCACCGCAGAUCAGUCUAAAACAUUAUAUCCUUUUAAAUUUAAUGUAACGCAAUGACCUUUAAAUGGAAUUGAAAGAAAUUAUCAGCCUGUGUGGUGUAAUACGACAAGCUUGACUUCCUGAGUUAAUUACAAUAUGGGUAUAGGUAAAACACACUUCAGAAGUGCAUUCCUGGAAACUUGCAGCAUUUAUAAGAAUAGUUAUUUGCAGUUGUAAUGUUGUAAUGUGCAGUAUAUUAAAUAUAUUUGAUGCUGUCAAAAAUGCACAUUCAGUCUAGAAUGUCUCCCAUUGAACUCAGUUGGGUGUAAUUGUGACGUAACAGGUGCACUGUGUUGCUGUUAGUGAUUGUUAUAGUCUGAUACAGCACCCUUGGAGGUGAUGAGAGAAGAAUCAGAAUUCCCCCCUCUCCUUUGACAUCUAUUCCAGUUCCUCCUUUAUUAUUUUCUUGCCAGGUAAGUAUAGGGGGCAAUAGUCAUUUACUGCACUACAAACACAUGUCGUCUUCUUUGUGUUUAAAGCCUGAGACAGCUGCAACACUGAAACGCACAGUGGAAGCUUUGAUGGAGAGAGGAGCAGUGGUGAGGAAUUUGGAAAACCUGGGCGAAAGAACGCUGCCAUACAGAAUCUCAAAGCACAAUCAACGUCACACCAGAGGAGGGUAUGAGUUUCACAAGCCUUGAGUCUAGUUUUUAAUAGUAUUUCUUGCCAUGGAAUUUUUUUGAAAGGGGAGAAGUUGCAGCCUGACAACAUUGGGCGGAGCAGGCAAGCAACGUAGACAGGCUGGCAGAGUAAGUGGGCAGGUGGGUGGCCCAAGCCGGCCUUCACACUUUUCUCGCAUUGCCUCCACUUGCUUGUCCGUUUGCAUGCGCACACGUACAUCAGGGCAAGGGGAAUCCAGGAUUCAAAUGAGCAGGUGGCCAUGCUGGGCAGGCAGAGUGAGCAGGUAGUUGGGUGGUGGUCCAGGCAGAGCUGUAGGCCUUCACAUGCUCACUUUUGUCACCACCACCAGCAGUCCUCUCAAAACUCUCCCACCCCCUCUCCUCCAUCCUAUGAUCUCACUGCCGCACUAAGGAGGGAAUGAAAUAGAAGCAAAUCUCUUUACCCUGUGUUGCUGCCCACUUUCUGUUGGCGGUGCAAAGUCAAGAGGAGAUAGACACUCAUCUUCAUUUCCCUGUCUUCCUUGAGUGGCAGUGGCAACAGAGUCCUGGGAUUUGGGCAAUUAGUGAGUGGAUGCAAGAGUUUGGGGGUGCACCGGGGGUGGUGGCAAAUGGCAGUGGGGUGGCAAGUGGGGAUGGGUGUGUUGAAGAAUCUGUGAGGGAUAUGGGAGGAGUUUGAAGGAGCUGUGGUGCUAUUGGGCGGGGGGAGGUUGGCAAGCAACAUGAAUAGGUAACCCUUAGCUGUUAAAUAAAUGCUCAAAGCCGUGAUCUAAAGACAAGGUAGGAGCAUAGGGGAGAACAUUGUGUGCUGCUGAGGUUUGGAUGUUGCUGCAACUAUUUUUACUGAUUAGGGACAUGGUGGUCAUCAGUUAAAGCUGUGUGUGCUGUUCUUUUCUGCAUACACAUAUCACUUCUUUGGAUUGAAGCCCAGGUACAGGAUUUACUGUUAAGGGCCUCUUAAUUUCCAUUGGGUAAUUAAUGUAACUUAGAUACACUUUUCAUUUCAGAAUUAAACUGUUUCUUUCCAGAAGUAGACUCCACAAAGCACACAAAUCUGUUUACUUAACAAUUCCAAAAUGAGGCACACAGUAAUUUGGGUAGAUAAUUUCAUUGUUCAUAUUUAUCUGCUAGUUAAUGCAAGCAUUGAUUCUUUACUAUUUCCUUUGUUAAGAAAUGCCCUUCAUGUAGACACUUCCUUUCCAAGGUAACAUUUUUAUUUCACCAAAGCCAGUUGGAAACGAUAAUUAUUUAUCUUUUGAGAUACUAAUUCAGGGUUGAUUUUAUUCCCUUUUGUGUAUCUGAAGCAAAGUAUAUUUUUGAGGGUGUUUUUAAUGGUGAAAUCAUUAUUAAAGAUGGUUGUGCACAAGUAAAAGAAGAAUUAUUAUUGUAGUUACUGAUUUUAAGAGAAAUAUCUUCAGUCCAAGAAAAAAAUGCCUUGGCAUUUGAAAAUUAAGAUGCAUUAGAUAAAUGAUUACAGUGGACUGCAGAGUUUAUCCUAUAAUUGCUUAACAUUUUGCUGUUAAACUCCCUGAGAAUAUCUUUUGAAAGAGAAAUGCCUGUAAGCAAGGAUGGAGAAAUGUUGCUAGGCAACCAGGGUCGCACAGAGACUUCAUUCAAUAAUCAAAAUAACAACUUGCAGUCUUUCUCCCUGGCAUUUGAAGAUACAAAUGUGCACACCUUGAUGGGCAGCCAGUGCAGCUUAUUACCUGUUUUCCCUUGCGGAUAUUUCAAAUGAUACUGCUGCACAAACUGCAGAGAUGCACUUCUGAAAUGAUAGCCACUCAAAACAUGUUCACAUUUUAAGAGCUUAUUAUCUUGUAUUUCCCUCCCUUACAAUAAUCUAUAUAGUUAUAUAUUUAUAAAGAAAUGUAUUUCUUUAUAAAGAAACAUAUUUCUAACCUGCCCUUCAGUACUAGCUCAUUUCCCCAAGGGGGGCAUGCAAAACACAUAUUAAAACUAAGUUUGAAAAAUAAACCAGAUUAAGAGCAUAUCUUGCAAACCAUGAGGAGUGGAAUCAAACCUUUACAAGUGCAGAAUAAAAGCAUUUAGUGUCUUCCUGAAAUUGCAGAGAUGAGGUCCAUCUAACCUGCCUUGGCUUGUGGGUUCCAUAGUCAGGGCACAGCCACAGAAAAGGCCCUGUACAUUGCUAAAGAAAGCCCACACCAUGGUUUAGUUUCAAAAACAGAACAAAACACUUUCUCUUGCAAAUACCCCACACAGGAAGCAUUCCUGUGCCUAAGGAGCUGCAUGUGGUGAGAUAGGAGCAGAGGAAACUGCCUUAAACUGAGCCAGACUAUCUAGGUCAUUAUUGCCUACACUGACUGGCUGUGACUUGGGGGGUUUGCAUCUAGGUCUAGGACCGUUUUCAGGUAGGUCCUGGGUCCUACUACUGAGUUACGAGCCUUUCAGCUGCAUCUGUUUUGUUUCAUGUGCACAUGCUGCGCAACCUCACCAAACUCAAUAGGUCCCUCAUGUUUUGCAUCAUCUUGACUGUGUGAGAACAAGCAAGUAUUGAUGUGCGUUGGCAUCCAAACUCUGGCAAUAAGUGCUACAGCUUGCGCUGUGUCUGGAGUUGCAUAAGAGUUCAACCCGAGUUUAAAUUUACCACUAGCAUUUGUGCUGUUAAACUGAUGAUGUGACACAGGCGCACAGCGUUCUGUUCAAGUAUUUUGCAAGGUGGGAGAUACUGUGUGUGUGCUAAAAUCUGUUGGUGCUGUACAGCAGAUGUUGAGUGCACUUAAGUUCCAUUAGCUGAGCACUUGAUUUCAAUAGAAGUGCAUCUACUUUCUCUUUGAGUGUGCCCUAUGAGAAAAGGAUUGGGGAUUAGGUAGGUAGUGGCACUUCAGAGGCAGAUUUCUAAGUUGCAGUGAAUAGAAUCUGCAUUGCCAGUGCGAGUCUACCUGAAAGGCAAGCAAUUAAAGUUGAUGGAGUCUACUAACACUGUUCACUUUUGUAUUUUCAUCCAUUACAACAUUUCACUUAGAAAUAAAAAAGCUGAUCCAUACAGGAUCUUUAUUGUGAGCAGUGUUCACACAGUGUAGUGAUGGCCACUUGAUUAUGAUUUUCUGGUCAUGCCAUUUCUAUACAGUAUUGGUCUGGUAUUUGUAAGGGUGAAGGGUGGCUUCAAAACAUUUUUAAUCAGUAAAUAGCUUAGAUAGCUUUAAAACUAGGCUAGACAAAUUCUUGGAGGAUAAGUGUAUCCUUGCUAUCAGUCAUGAUGCAGUCCCCUGGUCCAGAAGUAGCAGGGCCAACUGCUCUGGACCAAAAGUUUUACUAUGUUUUUAUAUGUGCUGUAAGCCGCCUGGAGUGGCUGGGGAAACCCAGCCAGAUGGGCGGGGUAUAAAUAAAAUAAAAGCAAUAACAACUACUGCAAUAAUAAGGCUAUUGUCUUUAUGUCCUGUGUGUGGGCUUUCCAGGAAAUGAGAUGUCUGACUGAAAGAACCAUCAGCUUGAUCCAGCAGAGUCCCAUCUUGCAUUCAUACAAAAAAAAGUUCUUUAGCUUGUGUACUAGAGGCAAUUCUGCUAUGUAGAAAGCGUACAAAUAGAUAUGUUGCUGUUGAAAUGAUGUUACAAUCUGCAUGUAUACGUUUUGCACAAAAAGCCAUAAAAGGAAAAUAGAUGUCUUUUGAAAAAGCUUAAGGUACGAAAACUGAAUUGAAGCAAAUUGUCCUCUGUGUUCGCUAUGAAAGGGGUGGUUUGUUGUUCUUGUUUCUUCUUUCCUGGAUCAUGGCAAUUUCUCUUAGUGUUGCUUUUAAAAAAUAAAUUCAGUUGUGGACAUAAACGUCUACCAUAUGGCAGGUUUCCUAGCACAUCGAAUCAUGAAAUUAUUGCUUAACAUUUUUCUUCUCGCUUUCAUUCUUCAUAAAUAGACUUGCAUUCUAUGGGAUACUAGAAACUGCCAUCAGUUGAUGUUGGCUGGUGGGUAUGACUGUGCUUUUCAAGGGCUUUGCCUGAUUCUUCUGAGAUGAAAUAUCCUUAAAAAAUAUUUUCUUCAGUACAUUGGAUUGGAGUACACCCUAUACUUCCAAAUGUGAAGCCGUUUGUUUUGCCAAGUGUGUAAACACUUAAGUUGCAGUUGUUGCACAAAAGGUAGCUAAAGCUGCAGUCCUAAUCCCAUUUACCUGUGAAUAAGCCCCAUUGUACUUGGUGGAACUUGCUCUAUGAAAAAGCUUCGUCCUUACGAUCUGUGCUGUGCGCAGCUCAAGGUUUCCUUGCCCCCUAGUCCAGGUGGUAUUUUGAGAGGCAAAUGGAGGGUUCUGUCCCACUUCUCUUGCAUAGCAGUCAAGAGGGGAUGGACUUGGCCUGCGAGUGAAAGCUGACCAUGUUUCAGAUUCAGAUGUUAAUAUGGCUCAUUCGAUCUUUUCCAGAAGUGUCCAGCACCUUUGGGAUUCCCAGUUUGGCUCUUGCCCAUUAGUAGACAAGAAGUUAUUCUAGUGUGUCUCUCAGCCACACAAUCGGUGAUAUUCAUCUUGACUUAAUAAGCCUUCUGUGGUGUAGUCUAAAAAUUGUGAUGGCAUAUUGGAAAGCUGAAGCUGACUCUUUAUAAAACAUGGAAAUUUCCUGGGCACGGUCUUAACCAGGUUCUCCCUUGGGCCCUCAUUCACACAAGAUCAGCUGAGAACUGCUUUUCCCAAUAGGAUUCCAAAACAAGCCUGGUCCAGGUGUUUCUCUGGUGCUGAUUAACUUUGAUAAACACAUUCGGGAAUAUAGUUGUCUAGUAGACUAUAUUUUAAAUCCCUGGAUUUAAUCUUGGCCUGGAUACAGUUCAAUAUCCAGUCCUCUUUUCUUACCACUUGUUUGAUCUGAAAUAGGUGUUCAUUUAACUCUUUACAGAGAUGUUAUUUUGGCAGUAAAAAGUCUUAACUGUCCCAUCACAUUUUAUGCACAGUGCACCAAAAUAACUAGGGUUUCUGUACUGAAUCAGCAGAAUCGUCCUGAUUUUUUGUUUUUCUGUACCGGUUUUUGCUGCUGGUGCCUGGAGAGUUUGAGCUGUACUUCCAUCAGUUUUGCCUGCAAAGGAACAUUAUAUCUCUGUAAAUAGAUCUUUGCCGCCUCCUCUCUUCCCCAACCACCUUUCUUCCCAUCCCAUCCUCAAACCACAUGCACCAGGUCUAGUUACUUUGCACGAGAAACUGUAGUGCUACAGUACUUACGUACCUGGUCACAACUCAUUGCUGAACAUGGAGCUGCUCCACACAUUAUAGAGCUGCUGGGUUGCACAAAACACAAUUGGUGCUGGCUUGAUUGCCUACGAACAGAAAGUAAGUUCCAGCUCAGCUCUUAAAGUGCAGUUGCUUUUUCUUUUGUUUGUCUGCCUGGGGCAUACCUGGGCUAUAAUUCCAAAAGACAAAGGUGGAUUUUCCUGAUCUCUUGUACACGGAUACAUACCAAAUCCAUAGACUGGCUCCAAUACUGGGGGUGUUUGAUACAGCUAAUAAACUUGCAUGCUGCAAGUUGCUAUGUUUCUUGUAUCUCCAGAUAACAUUUCUUGCUGCUGCUGAAAUGGCAACGACAAAGACAAUGCAGCAGCAGCAGCAUCUCAUCUCCCCCAUCCCCCAAUGCUGCCUUCAGUUAUCAUCAACAGCAGCACAGUGGAAAUUUCCACUGCCUGCCUAUAUGAGCAGGAGAGAACACGAGUUGCAAGCCAUUCCUUUUGGAGCAGAAUCCAUUUCAGUUUUAAAGACACAAUGGAAAGCAGCCCACUAUUCUCGUUUAGCAAGGUAGUAGAAAAAUUAGUAAAAUGUAACAGGGGGGUUAUGUUGUGAGUGUGUCAUAAUUAUUCCCUAAAAGAUGCAGACAUAGAACAUACAUUCUAUAUCUUUGUUUCAGGAGGAUUAGAUGAGCACAAAUAGCAGGAAAAUGAUAAGGUUUUGUUUCUUUAAAAGAGAUGGCUCUUGAAUUUUUCUCUCACUCAGUUUACAGUAAUACCUCAUUAAGACUGAAUGCUGCAAGCUCCAUAUGAAAGGAAAUAGGGCAAACCUCAUUUAUCGAAGUCAACUAACAGCACAAUCCUUUAGAUGUCUAUUCAAAAGUAAGCCCCACUGUGUUGAAUGGGACAAUCCCCAGAAAGUUAGUAUUGGAUUACAGUCUACUAGACCACUAAAAUAUUAUUUUCAUUUCCAGAGACUUGGCAGUCGAAUAUCAAUAAAACAGCAGCUAAACACACUAAUUUGAAACGUGCCUUUCCAAAGGCUUUUUUAAAAUUGUGGCAUGGGGCAGCCAACUUGCACAUUCUUAGGAGGAAGUUUCAUAAUGUUGGGGCCACUACUGAAAAGGCCCUGCCUUAGAGCCUGCCAGGCUUAACUAGUCUUGAUGGCGGGCCAGUAAUUACUUACAAAAACAGAGAACAGAGAAUUCUAUUUUAAGAGGCAUUCUCACUUUUCUUCCUCUCAGGAUGAAUUGCCUUUUCUAAUAUGAUGCUUGCUGCAGUGUGGGCAUCAUACCCCAGAACUAUUGUUUUUCCUCAUAUGGAAAUUUAUGUAGUUGUAGUUGGUUGAUCAUUGAAAACUCGUAUGAUGAUGAUUUAUUUAACCAAGCUGGUAUCCUAGGAUACUGUUCUACUUUUCUGAGAGUUUGAUUUGAUGUCGUACACACAUGUGUGAAUUUCUUUUUUCUUAUUUACUUCAAUUCACUGUAAAACUUUGAACAAAAUAUAAAUUGAGCAUGUGCAUAAAAACACCAGUGGCUACUUUUGAGGGGAAAAUAGAUUGUGGAAGGGGAGGGGUCAGUUUGGACUGGAAAAGUGGUGAGCAUGUAUGUUUAAACCAUUCCCCUGCUUGCUAUCUUUCCACUACUGCAGUGGAAACUUGGCCCUCCAGCUGUUUUGGGACUACAACUCCCAUCAUCCCUAACUAACAGGACCAGUGGUCAGGGAUGAUGGGAACUGUAGUCCCAAAACAGCUGGAGGGCCAAAUUUGGCCAUCACUACACUUCUGGUUGGCCUUCACAUAGGGUUCCAGAUGCAUGUUUGCUUAUGCAAUCUUGCCUAGAAUUCCACUGGAGAGAGACUGCAGUAGAAAAGAGGUGGGAAGAGUUUGGGAACUUAUCCCAUCCCAAUCCUUCUUUAUUCCAAGUAGUUGCUUCUUCCUAAUGGAACCAGGCACUGGUUUUGUCUCCCAUUUCAAAGCCAGUAGUUCCAUCCUCAAAAAGAAGCUACUACAGCUUGUAGAAAAACGACUGGGUGUUGAUAUGAUCACAGUGAAGUUUUGAAAAUCACUUUGCUCCCAUGAAACAAAUUUCCAGGAUUCUUCCUUGCACUUGAGUGAAAUAGAAGAUCUGAAAUGUUCUUGCACAUGGUAAACACUCCGUUCGUCAAAGUAGACGUUGGCAAACAGGAGAAUGUUUGCCUUGAUAUCAAGAAUUCCAGGCAGUACUAGAAGUGUGUGAAAAUUAAAUCUCUGCAUUGUUGCCAAGGUUGCAGAGAACUACAGUAUGGUAUGCAGAGCCUCUGAAUGAAUGCCAAGACUCUUAAGUUGGUGUUGCCUGUCUUCAGAUGUGGCUUCUGUCCUCAGUAAUUUGAACUUUUAAAGCAAAAGGACAAUAAAUACCUGCUGCUUUGACCUGUUUUUUUGCUUCCCAUUUCUAAAUAAAAACAUGCCAUCUUGCUAUAGCAAAUUUUUGAUGGGAAGCAUGCUGUCAAGGCUGCCUCAAGUCUUAGCUCACAAAAGACCAACGCCUCUGUCUUCUUAUAUACAAAAGUGUUUAUUGCAGUUCAUGGUUUGCUUGACAUCCUAGGCGCGCAGCCUUACGUCUUUUACGCUAGACCGCCGAAGUCCCCUCUGAGUCAGUUCCUCCCCUGCACCAAUUUAAGAGACUUGCGCUGCUCCACCUCUUUCUCUCCUUCCUUUUCCGCAGGGUCCUUCUGCCCACUGGGGUUUCGCCCCUCCUGGAUUCCUCUGAUGCGGAAUCCCCAGACUGCUCUUCCCCCCCUCCUGCGGGCUUUGGGACCUGGCCCCUCCUCCGGGCUCCCUGCACUUCCGCGCGCCUCUACAUUUGAACUAGGCGCGCGCGCCAAACCUCUAACUUUCCUUUUGACAGUUACACUACUCCCUUCACUGCUCCCCUCCCCUUCCGGGAGGGCGGCUUGCUCUGACCCCCCUCCUUUCUCUGCUGCUGGAGCUGCUUCCUCUGACACACUGGAAACUCCACCCCCUUCGCUGCACUCUGGUGGGGAGGCUGGUCCUGACGCCCAGCUGCCACUUUGGGAUCUUCCGCUAGCACCCUGCUCCUGACACUUCCCCCCUGGGGCUCCCCUGGCCUUGACCACCGGCGCCCCCUUCUGGGAAUCCUCUGAUUCGCUGGAAAGACUCAUGGAAUCUCUUGAGUCAUUGUCAUCCUCUUCCUCGCUGGCUUGGAAUUCCUCCCCCUCGCUCUCCAUCUCCUGCCUACCCUGUGCCUCUCUCCCUGAACCCCUGACACAUGCAUAUCUUACAAUAUGUAACUAGAUUCUCUGAUAUCGGAUAUCAUAUGUGUAGCAUGAUGGUGCUCUCCAGUUGUAUACGGAGGAAGAAUGCAUGGAAUACAUAGUCUCUCAUACAGGCUCUAUCCUUGUUCAGAGCAACAAUAAAAUGAUACUCUGGGGGCUUGCCCUAAAUUCAUAAAAUUUAUACUAGAAUGCCUCUUGGAAAUGCAUUUCUUUUCUGGAACUUUGAUCUCUAGAAGUUCAGACACUCUCAAGAUGAGCUUGGAUCUGUUGUGAUUAUAAAGGAAAGGGUUAUGUAACUUCUGGCAUUUUUAGUGGAUGCCAACUUAGAAGGCUUCAAAAGGGAAUUGGGCAAAUUCAUGGAGUGAGUAUGAGUCACAAAAGGUAUAUAAUGCCUCCGGGAUCAGAGGUGUGAUGUCUUUGCAUACCAUUUUGUGGGAAACAGCAGCAACAGGAAAAUGUUGCUGCCCUCAUGCCCCAUUGGCACGUGGUUUGCCCCUUUAGGAAAUGCUGCGCUAGAUAGACCUUUGUUCUCAUCCACCAGGGCCCUUGUGCUCUUUCAUGCUUAUAGCUUUGUUUUUAUUGUAUUCUUCUUUAUUUCCAGGUAUUUUUUGGUAGACUUCAAUUCUCCACCAACAGUUGUUUCAGCCAUAAAGGACCAUUUAGGACGUGAUAUUGAUGUGAUCCGGUCUUCCAUUUUAAAGCACCAUGUGGCAAAUUCAGAAGAAUGCAUGGGCAUGAUACCAGACAGCACUGAAGAUAAGCUAACAAAGAUGAAGAAAUAGAGGCAUUGCUGCCCCUAAUUUGAACCUAGUUGUAAGGAUCUGUGAUUUAUGCAGUGUGCAUAGGUGUGUUACUUUUGACUAUUCUGCAGCAGAUGAAGUUUUAUAUAUAUACUUUGUAUUUUAAAAUCAGGGCAUUUUCCCCCAAAGUAUUGCAUCUGUUGCUGAAGUUUAUCCUGCCCUAGAAAAUUGAGGAUGCUGUCUUAAUACAUGCUUUAAAAAGGAAAAGGAAAAAGCAAGUCCCAUUGAACAAAAUAGGACUUGAUCCCAAGUAAACAUUCACAGACUCAAACUGUCAAGCUACCAUUGUUUUUUUCAGUUAGGACCUUUGAGAUAUCAUAUACUUAUACAGUUAUAAUGUUCUACCAUGAUGUAAACAACAUUAUAAUAAAAUAAAAAUUUGUUAAUGAAUGUAAUAAUGUAAUAAAAAA